GAAGCUGAUCCUUCUGCCUGAGUUACAAGUGCAGCUUGGAUAGGGCUCAGGUUGUUUCCAGGGGGAGAACUCUGCAGAGAAGAGGCAAAGUUCAACGGGACAACAAAGGAGCAGCAGCAACAGCCAGAAAAACGAAGAGCCCUCACGUUUUCACACAGAACCCCCAUCAGAGUUCUCGAAUCCUAAAGUAUUCUGCAAAGUGCCACUUGACCGGAACUUUUCGCCUGCCUUUUCCUUUCUCCAACCACCAUGACUGAGAUCACUGCUGAAGGAAAUGCAUCUACUACCACAACCGUGAUAGACAGCAAAAAUGGAUCUGUGUCCAAGUCCCCUGGAAAAGUGCUGAAGAGGACAGUCACAGAAGACAUAGUGACAACAUUCAGCUCCCCAGCAGCCUGGCUUCUGGUCGUUGCUCUGAUAAUCACAUGGUCAGCUGUUGCCGUUGUUAUGUUUGAUUUAGUGGAUUACAGAAACUUGUCAGCAACCUCUAUUUCCAAGAUUGGCUCAGAUCCUCUGAAACUUGUACAUGAUGCUGUGGAGGAAACCACGGACUGGGUUUAUGGCUUCUUUUCUUUAUUGUCUGACAUCAUCUCAUCUGAUGGUGAUGAAGAAGAUGAUGAUGGCGAUGAGGACACUGAUAAAGGAGAAAUAGAGGAACCGCCCUCAAAAAAAAAAGAAAUACACAAAGAUAAGAUUGAGAAGCAGGAAAAACCUGAAAGGAAAAUACAAACUAAAGUUACACCCAGAGAAAAAGAAAAAGUAAAAGAAAAAGAAAAACCUGAAAAGAAAGCAACUCACAAGGAAAAAAUUGAAAGAAAAGAAAAACCAGAAACAAAGACAGUGACAAAAGAAGACAAGAAAGCUAAGACUAAAGAGAAGACUGAAGAAAAGACUCAAAAGGAAGUGAAAGCUGGAAAACAGGAGAAAGUGAAGCCAACAGCUGCAAAAGGAAAAGAAAUUCAGAAAACAUCGCCGAAACCCAAAGAGAAGGACAAGAAAGAACCGGCAGCUGUGUCUAAGCACGAACAGAAAGAUCAGUAUGCAUUCUGUCGAUAUAUGAUUGACAUAUUUGUCCAUGGGGAUUUAAAACCAGGACAAAGCCCAGCCAUACCACCUCCAUUACCAACACAACAAGCUUCCAGACCUACUCCGGCAUCACCUACUCUUGAAGAAAAAGAAGAGGAAAAGAAGAAAGAUGAGAAGAAUGUGACCUCUGAAACCAAAAAGAAAGAAAAAGAAGAUGUCAAAAAGAAAACUGAGAAGGAAACUGCCAUUGACGUGAAAACAAAAGAAGCAGGCAAAGCCCCUGAAACCAAGCCAGGGACUAUAAAAGUUGCAGCACAAGCAGCUGCUAAAAAAGAUGAUAAGAAGGAAGAUUCCAAGAAAACAAAAACAUCUGCAGAAGAACAACCCAAGGGAAAAAAACAGGAAAAGAAGGAAAAACAUGUGGAACCAGCAAAGUCACCAAAGAAGGAAUAUUCAGCUCCAAGUGAAAAACAAGUAAAAGCAAAAACUGAACGCGCCAAAGAAGAGAUUGGUGCUGCCUCAACUAAAAAAGCUGCACCUGGAAAGAAGGAAGAGAAAAGAACCAAGACAGUGGAGCAAGAAAUUAGAAAAGAAAAAUCUGAGAAGACUUUUUCAGUUCUGAAGGAUAAAGAGCCUAUUAAGGGGAAAGAAGUGAAGGUUCCAGCUUCCCUAAAGGAAAAAGAUCUGGAAAUUAAAAAAGAUGAAAAGACAUCCAAAGCAGGCAAAGAAGUGAAGCCUACACCUCCACAGCCACAAGUAAAAAAACAAGAGAAGCCAGAGUCACAAGCUAAAAAGGAAACAAAAUCAGCUUCAUCUGAGAAAGCUCAAAUACACAAACAAGACAUAGUGAAACCAGAAAAGACUGCUCCUCAUGGUAAACCAGAUGAAAAAGUUGUCAAGCAGGUAAAAGCUACCACAAUAGAAAAAACAGUCAAGCCCAAACCAGCAAAAAAAGCUGAACAUCAAGAAAAGGAAUCUCCAUCUAUAAAAACAGACAAAUCAAGACCAACUUCAAAGGAAACAUCAGAAGUCACAGAAUCAGUGAAGAAGAAAAUUGAAAAAUCUGAAAAGGAAAGUAAAGAAAAAGCAGAAAUGAAACAUCUUAAAGAAGAAAAAGUCCCAGCAAGAAAAGAAAGGCUUCACUCACACAAUGUGACAAAAGAAGAAAAACAUGCAAGAGUACCAAGAGAAGAUUUUGAAGACGUACCAGCUUCAAAGAAAGCUAAAGAAGCAGCUGAAGAGGUGUCUCCCACAAAGAAGCAAAAGAGCCCCAUCAGUUUCUUCCAGUGUGUCUACUUGGAUGGAUACAAUGGCUACGGAUUUCAGUUUCCUGUCACUCCUGCACACUACCCUGGAGAGAGCUCUGGCCAACCAAGUUCUCCAGGACAGAAGCAGCAAGGACAGUAGACACAAAUGCACGGCCCUUACAAGUGCUUUAAGACUUUGAAAAUAGGAUCUUCUGUUUGUCCACAGUGGCAUAGGCAAUUGAAAUAGUGUAAUUAUUUGCAAAGUUUUCAAAUAUUUUCAUUGAAAAUAUUUUCCUCUUCUGCCUGGUGUAGAGAGAAAGGGUGUGCAAAGGGAGUGAAUGAUAAGCAGACAUGUUGAAGGGCCUACUGCUCAAGAAUCUGUUAUUUGUGUUUGUUGCUGGGUGCGGGUGUUUCUAUUUUUCCAUUUCCACUCACUGUAGGGUUGUUCACAAAUUAAUCUAAAGUUUACUUAAUAACAGUCUUUUAAAUGUAAUUGACACAAUUACAAGAUAGAAUUCCUGGCUUCAAUUAGAUAUUUAUUUUUAAAUGAAAACACAAACUAUGCUUUCAGUUUAAAGGAUACAGGAGCUUAUAUAGAAACUAUUUUUUUGCAUCAUGUGGGUAUCUAAACUCAAUUUACCCAAUAAGUUGAUGUUUAAUAGUUUUAUUUUAUUUAUGUCUAUUUCUAUUUUAGUUGUUCCUGCGCUCUAAGAAUAGGUCACAGUUGCACCAAAGAGUGUUAUAAGCUCCUCGUGAUGCUCUUUUAGAGCUCAAAAUAUCUCUGAACUUUAGACAUAAUAAGACAGAGUAGAAAUGUUUGAUGAAUCUUAUCUCCAAGAUUUGUCUUGAAUUACAAUUAAGACAUUCACUCCAGUGGAAAUACACCAUCCAAUUAGGCAGGUCUGGUGAAUCGUUUGUUUAAAAUAUAAGCAAAUGAGAUAAAGAAUUUUCAGAUUUCUCCAGACUGUGCUCUAAUGAAAAUGUCACCUGGGUGAAAUUUUAGAUCAAUUACUAAAUUUGGGUGACAGAUGAAAACGUAUUUUCAUUUCACUUUAAUUGGGUUCUUCUGUGGAGUUAAAUAGGUUUUCUUUCUCAAAAAGGAAAAUACGAAUGUCAUCAAAGUUGAAAGAAUACAUUUCAACCAUAAGUGCUUUAUGAGGUAUCUUACUUGUUUUUUAGGUAAUUGGUUAUCAGUGCCAACGAAAUGGAUGACAAUCUUUAACUUACUUGACACAUCACUGGGAAUGACAAUUAUGGUUUUGUUAUCCUUUUGUCUCCAGGUGAUAUAAAUACUUGUAUUCUUUACCACAUUUUUCUAUCAACUCUAAAAGUCACACCACUGUGACCUUUAUCAUGUUUACAAUUGCAACUCAACUUACGACAAAUUAUCUCAGGAAAUAAACUGAGUUAUCUUUUCUGGCAUUAUAAUUAUCUUCAGCAAGGUCUGAGGUAGCCAGAGCUGAUACUAGCCAAGUGAUUUAUUUUCAAGGACUGCAACUAAGUUCUUUAGGUCCUGUUUUACUGAAAAAAAUCAUUAGACUAGGGCAUCAGUAACUUGUUAAUUAUUAAUAAUGGACUUCCAAUGACUUUUGUGGAAGAAGUUGGUCUCGGCCAUACACUGGUGGACCUAAUUCACACUACAAAAGCCAAUGUUACAAUGAACCAAGAUUAAUGACACUCCUAAUGGGGAGGGGCCUGGAAGUGUGUUCUUCAGGACAGACCAGAUGGUGCCAUCUAACACAGCCCCUUCAUAUAGCAAUGGAAACGUGGGGAAGACAGCGGAGAAAGUUUAUUGCUCCCUACUCCUCCAGCUUGUCCAAUUUAAUGAGUAGAGGAAUAGAGAACAAACAUGACAGUUUUUUUCAAUUUCAUAGAAAAGAAUGGUUUGUCCAUUAAUUUUUUCAUUCAAUGACUAUUUAUUGAGCACUUACUCUUUCUAGGGCACUGUGCUAGGCACUGGAGUGUAUAAGAAAAAUAUCAGAGAUAAAUUAUAUUCUCAGUGCUAUUCUGACACAAUGCGUGACCUUGGAAAAUUUACUAAACAUACUAUGCUUGUUUUCCCAUAUGUAAAAAAGGGAUUUCAAAGCAAACAACCCAAUACCUUACAGAUAUACUGUGGGUACUGACAAAAUAUCUAAUAUGGAUAUGACAUCAAAAUAAAGUUCUGAAAUAAUACUUUUGGACGUGGCACUAACUUUCCCUUUGAGUGCUUUUCUAUAUUAUACUCUUGUUUCUUUCACUCUCAUUAUAAAAACUAUUUGAUAAAAAGUAAAAUAUGACAAUUUAUUGUAAUAAAUUAGAUAAUCCAAUUAUGAUGUAAACAACAUUAAUAAUAAUUGUUAAAGUUUAUCUGCUUAAAGUUACAGUGAUGAUAGCCCUUGAAAAAUAUUGACUAAAUGCUCAUCUGUUUGUAUAGUUCCAACAAAUAAAGUAUUUCUAGUCCUUUCAAGUUGACGCUUUACAUUUUAAAAGG